GUGUUUAUACUAGCCCGCCUCUGUCAGUUACUUCAAGAAGCAAGGAACUCUAGGAAAUGUCUUGUAUUCACUCAUAUAGUUGAAAUUCUUUGCCAAAAAUCUGAAUGAACUGUACACUGGCUUCUUUUCCAGAAACCAAAGCCAAAGAUCUCUGCAUCUCGCAGACUGUUCCUGAAGACCAAACUGAUAAAGAAGGCCAUGACCAUGCUGGAGAAUGAAAAGCAAGCCAGAAAAGAUGAACGAGAGAGAACCCUUACUGAGAGAGUCCCAGCCCUCCAAAUGUCAGGCCUGUCUCUGCAGGAUCUACAGAAUCUUUGCAAAGAACUACACCAGAAAAUUGAUGUGGUUGAUGAAGAGCGGUAUGACGUUGCUUCUAAAGUGACAAAAAAUGAUAGGGAGAUCCAGGACCUGUCUCAAAAGAUCUUUGAGUUGAAGGGCAAGAUGAAGAGACCAAACCUGAGGAGGGUGAGAGUGUCAGCUGACGCCAUGCUGGGGGCUCUGCUGGGCUCUAAGGUCAAAGAGUCUGUGGACUUCAAGGCCAACCUCAAGACUGUAAAGAAGGAGGAUGAAAAGAAAGAGGAAGUGACUGACUGGCGUAAGAAUGUGGAUGCCAUGUCCGGUAUGGAGGGCAGAAAGAAGUUGUUUAAUGCCGGGCAGUAGAUUUGAAGUGAAUAUCUUUGUGAAGAUGUUUACUGCUCUAUAACAGGUGGAACCAGUGAAUCAUGUGACUAUUGUUCAUUUUAUAAUGACGGUGAAAAUGAAGACCAGUAGGUUCAGGAAAGUCAAUGUUUCAACUGUGAACAUAUUAACUUAUUAUACUUCGAGGAAUACAUAUAGUUUUUUAUAUAAUGGCGUAAUGCAAACUGUAUUAUGAAAAACUUAUGUAUUUAACGUAUUUGAGCAGUGUACUGCUUUGUAGUUUUUAGCAUCCAUAUGAUUUCAUGAACAGAGCACCACUAUUGGCUGUCCAUAUAAACAGGCAAUAAUCAUGCAGAUGGGUAUGUUUUAACAAGUAUGUUACUGUGAUACUUUGAUCCUGUUGCCUUCAAAAGCAUCUUCCAAAUCAUGGCAACAUAAAACAUGGAAAUCAACAUUUGUGUUUGUUCUUGUGUUUUCCACAAAGAUAAUAAUACCUGUUGGAUUGAGAAAGAGAAUGAAUACACAUUCCAGGGACAGCUAAUUUUGACAGUCAACUGUUCAUGGAGUCACAUCAAGGUGAGCAUCCUUGAAAAUGAAUGUGGCAUUAAACUAAAAGACACUUUGAUGAGAAGAAGCAGUGUUAUGAAUUGUGCAUAAAACAAUAAAAUGUAAUUGACAUUG